AUGCGCGCGAAGGGCGCGAUCGGGGGGAAGGCGGGCGUGCUGCGCGCGCAGGCGAACGCGCUCAGGGCGGCGCGGUCGAGGACGCUUCGGGACGCGGAGGCGAGACGCGCCGAGUCGAAGAAACGCGCGCGAGAGCGAAAAGAGGACUCGAGAGGAGGCGAGGACGAGGUAAAAACGAUCGAAGUCGCCGUGGCGAGCGAUGAGGAGGAGACGGAUGAUGUGGACGAUGGGUACGAUCCGGCGGCGCCGAACGACUACGAGCGAACGCUCGCGGAGAGAGCGGAGCGGGCGAGACGGAGACGGGAUUUAAACGCGAACGAGGAGUUGCGAAAGGAGUUAGAAUCGAAGAGAAAAGCGAUGGAGUCGCAGAGAUCGGCGAUGGAUCGCGAGGAGGUGUUGGGGGUGGAUGGUCGAGAGGCUCGGCGACGGCGGCUGGCGAUGGGCCGAGACGCGGGCGCGAGUCGAGAUACAAACAGCGCUAGUGGCGCUCAGAAGGCGAACAAAGGGAAGAGCGCGGCGGAGAAAAUGAUGGAAAAAAUGGGUUGGACGAAAGGUCGAGGCUUGGGUAAGUCUGAGCAAGGGAUGACGACGCCUCUGGAGGUCCGAAAAGACUCGGCGACGAGCGGUAAAAUCGUCAACGCGGCGCCGGUGAUUUUCGAAAAGAAAAAAGUACCGCUGCGCGGUAAGCCGACGCCAGUGCUCUUGCUUCGUAACGUCGUGCUCGCGGGCGAAGUCGUCGAUACGCUCGAAGACGACGUCGCCGAGCACUGCGAAAAGUUUGGCGACGUGGUUCGAGUUUUCAUCUUUGAGAUCGAAGAAGAGGGUUUCGCCAAAGAAGAGACGGUUCGUAUAUUCGUCGAGUUCGUCGACACGAAGACCGCCAUAAGCGCAGGUGCCGAGCUCGAUGGUCGCGUGUUCGCGAACCGAGUCGUCAAGGCGAGCUAUUAUGAUGUCGAAAGAUUCGAAGCCGGCGAUUUGGGCCCGCAAGCGGGCGAAACGUAA